AUGCCAAUAGAUAACUUGGAACAAAUAAUUCGAGAACAUUUUAAUACUAUAAGAAUAGAAAAAGUCAUUAUCUUUUCUACUCCAAAGGAAGAUAACUGCGCCAUAGUUAUAAGCAGAGUUACUGUGUAUGCUGUGAGAUUAGCUAUCUAUGAUCCCAAAGUGGGAGAAGUAAAAGAUAAAAGAUAUCCCGAUUCAAAUCCAGUUAACGGAUAUACAACAUUAAAAAAAGCACUGCGUCAGGCCAUUGACGUCAGAUUAGAAAAAGAAGUUAAUGAUACACUAGAAGUAAAUAGCUUGACUUCUCAAAAAAAUUUAGAUAAUAACGAUAGCGACAAUGUCAGAACUAUUCUCCUUAUUGGUCACACAGGUUCGGGAAAAUCUGCCCUUGCCAAUGUUAUCACUGAUACCACGAAGUUUAAAGAAAGCGAAUUUACGGUUGCUGAAACUCGUAAUAUCCAAAGUGAAAAGGUUGUGAUAAACGGAAUUAGAUAUAAUAUCAUCGAUACACCAGGUAUCGCCGACACUAAGCUACCCUCCAACGAAGUCCAUAAAAAAAUAGUAGAAGGUGCUUGCCAAGCCAAGGACGGUCUGUAUCAGAUCCUCUUUGUCACUAAUGGUAAACUUACACAGGUUGAGAUAGAAGCUUACAAUUUACUAAGAACAAUUAUUUUCGAUGAAGGUGUCAGUCAGUAUACUACACUGGUCCGUACUAAUUUUCCUAGUUUUCAAGAUAAAGCGGUGCUAUACGACGACUUAAAAAAAAUGAUUAAAGAAAACAAUGAUAUCGUAGAAUUGAUUCGUUCCUGUCGCGAUAUCAUUUAUGUCAAUAAUCCCUCGCUAAAUUGCGUAGAGAAUAAUAUUGAGAUGUUUAAAAAUAUAAGGAACGCCUCGCGAAAGAUAUUAAUAGAUGCUUUGAGCACUUGUGGAGAGAAUACUUAUGAAGCAAAAGGUUUCUAUAGUUUGAGCCAUAGAAUCAAAGAACCAAUGGCGAAAAAGGAAAUAUUGCAACAGAACUUAGAAUCAAUUGACGAAAAUGAUCCGCAAAGGGAAUUAUUAGCAACCAUAUAUAGAGAAAAAAUAGAGGAGAUGGACACUUAUGCUUCCGAACUAGCCCGUUAUGAUAUUAUGGAAAGAAGUCAAAGCGAAUAUCGAAGAGAGAAUUCCUUACAAAGAGCACCAACUGAUUUAGCAAAUAACGGCAAUGCUAUCAUAACAGCUGUGAUUCAAGGAUUGUUUUCAUAA